AUGAUGCAAAUGGAAGAUGAUCUCAAGAAGACCGAUUAUUUUCGAAUUGGUUUAUGGAUUCUUGCAGGCCUUCAAUUCCUCACUUACAGUAUUCUCGUCUAUCACAUUUCCAUCGUUUAUGCGUACAAAAUUCAGAGCCCAAGUGUUGAGAUUGAUAUUAUCGUGGGCCUCUUUAUGAUUUGGGUGAUGUUAUUGGUGGGCUGUCUCGUUUCAUUUCUUUUGCUAUUGGGAAUUCUCUUUAAUCGCAAACCGCCACUCAUUGUGAGCAUUGUUCAUAAGUGUCUUUUCUUGCCGAUUCUUUUCUUUGGCAUUUUCGCGCAACUUCUCGGACAUUUGGGUUUCACUAAACUCGACCAACCGCUAAUGGUCACCAUCUAUUUGUCAUCUUUUAUCCUUCUCUGCAUCAUUUCCCUUAUCUACGAGCUCAAAAACUACCAAAAUCUUCUUUUCACCGAGAAAAACCUCAAGAAUUACCGAUUCACGCAUAAAUUUGUCGUUAAUGUG